CGUGUCUGGAGUACUAGAAUGGUAUAAACAUUGGAAUAAAAUGGAGUUUCUGGUUGUCCUUGUUAUGGUAUUAUUGGGAAGUAGCAUCAAGGCCUAUGGUGCAAUUUCUCAAAUUUCUUGGAGAGAAAUCAGCAAUAUCAAUAACAAAGGACCAUAUAUUGGUAUAGUUGUGCCAAAUGACUUUGAGUUGAACCCUCUUCUUCAAUCAUCAAGCUUUGUUCCACAUAACAAGUUUCCUUACUUUGACUUUGCUGGAAGACAUUUUCGCAUUGGUGAAUUGGAAAAGAAAAAGGUUAUUGUUGUUAUGACUGGAUUGAGUAUGCUAAAUGCAGGUCUUGCUACCCAAUUGUUGCUUACUUUGUUUAAUGUAAAAGGAGUUCUCCACUAUGGAAUUGCAGGUAAUGUAAAUUCUAAAUUCCAAAUUGGAGAUGUAACUAUUCCACAGUAUUGGGCUCACACUGGACUUUGGCAUUGGCAGAGGUUUGGAGAUAAUCCUGAGGAUGAGGAGAAUGUAGAUUUCAGCAAAGAAUUUGGUUAUCUUAAGUUUUCCAAUUACAAUAACUACACAAAGCAUUCAAAAUCAGUGGAAAAUCUUUUGAGCAAGGUUUGGUAUCAACCAGAGGAAAUUUUUCCUGUGGAUGGAACACCUGAAGUUUUGCAACAUGCUUUUUGGGUUCCAGUUGACAAAACUUACUUCGAAAUCGCAAGAAAACUCAAGAAUGUUGAAUUGAGUAGUUGUGUUAACACAACUUGCUUGCCAAGAAAGCCUAUUGUGGUGAGAGUAAAGAAAGGAGUAAGUGCCAAUGUGUUUGUUGACAACAAAGCUUAUAGAGAUUUUUUGAACUUGAAAUUUGAUGCUACUCCAGUAGACAUGGAAAGUGCUUCUGUUGCCUUAGUUUGUUUCCAACACAAAAUACCUUUCAUUGCCAUUAGAGCAUUGUCUGAUUUAGCUGGAGGAGGUUCAUCAUUGACCAAUGAAUAUUCCAUCUAUUUAUCUUUAGCCUCCCAAAAUGCAUUUAAUGUUCUUGUCAAAUUCAUCUCCUUAAUAUGAUUUAGUUGGUCUAAGUUUAUGCAAGGUAUGUCUUGAAAGGGAGAAAGAAAAAAUAAGUUGAAAAUUCUCUUUAUAAUAUGUAUUCAAAAUAAAAGUAUAAUGAAAUCUAUUUGUCAAAUGUCAAAUGAUCUAGUGGUUAGACUCAGUUAUCUUAAGUGCAGAGAAUUCUAGGUUCGAAUUCUGACCGUUGCAUACCAAUGUUAUUGUAGCUAUCAAAUGAAUUGUACCAUAGGAUAAUGAAAUCUACUUAUCUACUUAUUUAUUGAAUAUGAAAUGCAAAUGAUAGUGUCAUCUCCUCAA